UUUCUCUUUCCACGCGUUUGCUCCUCAGCGGCCAUCUCUUUCCACACGAGUCGACCUGGCGCUAGUGAUGUAAUAAGCGUGCAAACAAUAACACUUAAAAGAUGCAUAUGUGUCCGCCAAGGACAAAAAAAUUUGACAUGGUCUCGGUAGAUUUGUCUCCCAGCAAGAAAUAGAAGAGCUGCCAACAAGUCGUCUUCCGGCUUGCUAAAUAUUUACAGUUCAAAUUCUUUGAGAUUCUCUUUUGUUUUGUCUGUUUGACUGUAAACUGGAAGCGACAAACGGCCUCAUCCUCCCACUGACACUUCUAAUGGCGCGUCUUAUUUUCUUCCAGUGGCAUGGCCGACUCCCGGGAAUGUUUAUCUGCUGUAAAAUUUAACGGUGGAACUUCCAAGGCCAAAAGCUAGUGGAAAAACUUUCGUUUUGGAACCGUGCAAGAAAGACGUAUGGACUUAAUGGUGCCGCUAGCGUCGCGUUAGCGUGGCCGCGGAAUCAACUCGAGAUACUUUUAUUGAUAUCAAGCACCACGUGAAAUCAUUAACGGAAAUCCAAUAACUUAGAAGUCAAACUGUAGCGGUAGUCGCUAAAAUUCAACCCAGUCGAGUCAUUACUUUGGUUAAGCCGGUCGUAAAUCAAGUCAGCGGGUCGUAACUAAUAUGCACGUCGGCCACUCGGCGAGUCCUAAAAUCGGCGACUUAAGUCUCCGACCGGAGUUCGACAAAGUCGGCUGUCGAGACAAACAGGUGCUUAAUGCGAGUCAGCGUUUUGUUUUGUAUCAGGUCCUCCUCGUCGGCCUCCUUCCUAACAUGUGGAACUCAUUUGCGCUUCCUGUGUCGACGGACACAAAGGUCAGCGGGACGGCGGAUGAAACGUCCGCAUGUCCGGACGGGCUCCUUGACAUCCGGGUCUUAUCUGACCAUGCCUGGAGGGAGCUUUGCCACGCGGUGAGCUCAUCAGCUUUGAGCGCUCCCACAUGACGGGAUGUUGCUCUUGGCCCAUUGGAGAGAGCUGACGAAAAAGCCCAGCGAGACAAAAGAGGGGAGAUCCAGCUCCGUUUGUUAUUUUAACCCAGAUUCGCUGCACGAGAGUGACCACCAUGUGGACCCUCUCACCAAGUGACCUCUCUUUCCUGGCGGAUCAGCCAAUCAGAGCAGACGUGUGGGAGGGAGGGGUGAGUGCGGAACGGCUCGGGGUGACCUAGACACUUGGAGUGUCGUGAAGAACCGGACCGCGAACCUCCACGGAGACGGGUGUGACCUGGCUACCGGAGGUUGGACGCCACCUUAAAACGAUGUAGAGGCGGGAAGCGCUGCCAAACUGCCAGGAGGCGGCCAGCCAAUCAAACGGCGCUCACAAGUUAACACCAAGCAGCAAGGUGACCUGGAAAAUAAAAAGAGUUCUUCCACUCAUAAAAAGGCCUGAAGAGGACCGAAAAAGGAGAGGCAAGGACUCAACAGGAGUUAAGUGGCCACAACAUGGACCAGACAAAUUAAAAGGACUCCAGCGUACCAGUGAGACUGACGGAAGGAAGGAAAAGACUCAUAAAAGGGACGAGAAGAAGAACUGAAUGAGGAGAACGAUAGAAACAAGGAAUUAAAUGGAAGACUAAACCCAAAGACUUAAACAAGGAGUGAAAGGGCUCGAAGAAGGCGAGGAAGGACUUAGAGAAGGACUUGAAGGACUUUUAAGGGGUCAGAGAGGAACUGAAAAGAGCUAGAAGAACCUGAAGGACUAAAACACAAAUUGGAAGGACUUAAAGAAGGACUUAAAGAACCACUAAAGCAAGAACUGGACCCAGAAGCAGACUGGACUGAAGAGGACCUAAUACCAGGACUUGUGGAAUUCCUAAAACAAGAACUUUUAGAAGAACUUGAAAUCCACAAAAGCCGGGAAGGAUUCGCAGAAGAGCUGAGGCUUUGGCGUCGACCAUGUGCCACGUGAUCGUGACGUGUCGCUCCAUGCUGUGGACGCUGCUGAGCAUCGUGGCGGCCUUCAGCGAGCUCAUCGCUUUCAUGAGCAGCGACUGGUUGGUGGGCUUCCCACGCACGCCCGAGCGCCACCACCACGGCUCCUCCUCCUCCUCGUCGUCUUCGGCCGGCGAGGCCUACCGCCCCACGCUGGGCAUCUACGGGCGCUGCGUGAAGCUGCCGCACCUCCAGCGCGGCGGCGUCCUGUGCGGCCCGUACGCCGUCCACUUCGGGGAGAUCGCCAGCGGGUUCUGGCAGGCCACGUCCAUCUUCCUGGCGGCCGGCAUCCUGCUGCUGUGCGCCGUGGCCUUCAUCUCCGUCUUCACCAUGUGCUUCCAGAGCAUCAUGAAGAAGAGCAUCUUCAACGUCUGCGGACUGCUGCAAGGCAUCGCCGGCCUGUUCCUGAUCCUGGGCCUGAUGCUGUACCCCGCCGGCUGGGGCUCGGAGAAGGCCCGCCUGUACUGUGGCGUGGAGGCGUCGCCGUACCGCCUGGGCCUGUGCUCCAUGGGCUGGGCCUUCUACACGGCCGCCGGCGGCACGGCGCUCACCUUCCUGUGCGCCGUCUUCUCAGCGCAGGCCGAGAUCGCCACGUCCAGCGACAAAGUGCAGGAGGAGAUUGAGGAGGGGAAGAGCCUUAUCUGCCUCCUCUGAACGCCGCCCACGCCAAAGACUCGGUCGACCGCGCUGUAAAUAAGUGUACAUAUGCUCGCAUCCUUCUUUCAGGGGUUAAGCCACUCCAACUAAUAAAAAAAAUCCACUCUGUGUGGAAUGAUCCACA